AUGGAGAUGGUGAAAACAAAAAUACAGCACAAGAAAAGGCAAGUGGCUACCUUUAUUAUACUGAUGCUUUUGUGGGAGGUGGGUUCAGAAUCGGUUCAGUAUUCCAUAAUGGAGGAGACAGAAAGUGGCACGUUUGUGGCUAACUUGACAAAGGACCUGGGAUUUAAGGUGGGAGAGCUGGCAGAUCGGAGCGCCCGUGUUGUUUUCAAAGGAGAUAGACAACAUUUGCAGCUUGACCCACAAACCCAUGAUUUGCUGCUAAAUGAAAAACUGGACCGGGAGGAACUCUGUGGCUCCACUGAGCCCUGUGUGCUACCUUUUCAGGUGUUACUGGAAAACCCCUUGCAGUUUUUUCAGGCUACCUUGCGAGUCAGAGAUAUAAAUGACCAUGCUCCAGAGUUUCCAGCCAGAAAAAUGCUCCUGAAAAUAUCAGAAAUUACUAUGCCAGGAAAGAUAUUUCCUUUGAAAAUGGCGCAGGAUUUAGACGUUGGCAGCAACAGCCUUCAAAGCUACUCCAUCAGCUCCAACCCUCACUUCCACGUUCUUACCAGCAAUCGCAGCGACGGCAAGAAAUUCCCAGAGCUAGUGCUUGACAAAGCAUUGGAUCGCGAGGAGCAGUCCCAAUUCAGACUAACCCUGACCGCCCUGGAUGGUGGGUCUCCGCCCCUAUCGGGAACUUCAGACAUUCAAAUCCUGGUUUUGGACAUCAAUGACAAUGUCCCUGAGUUUACUCAGGACCUCUAUGAGGCGCACAUCUCUGAGAACAAACACCCUGGCUCGCUGGUAAUUACCGUUUCAGCCAGGGAUUUAGAUGCGGGAUCAUUUGGGGAGGUAUCUUACACCUUAUUUCAAGAUGAUGACAUUAACCAACCCUUCGAAAUAAAUGCAAUAAGUGGAGAGAUUCGACUGAGAAAAACUUUGGAUUUUGAAGAAUUUCAGUCUUAUCAUGUGGAUAUUGAGGCCACAGAUGGUGGGGGCCUAACAGGAAAAUGCUCUUUAAUCGUUCAGGUCCUGGACGUGAAUGACAAUGCUCCUGAAUUGACUGUGUCCUCACUUAACAGCCCUAUAGCUGAAAACUUGCCAGGAAUAAUAGUGGCAGUUUUCAGUGUUUCUGAUGCAGAUUCUGGACCUAACCAAGAAGUUAUUUGUUCCAUAGACGACAAUCUCCCCUUUCUUCUAAGACCUUCAGUGGAAAAUUUCUAUGCUCUGGUAACAGAUGGAGCUCUGGACAGAGAGACCAAAGCCAAGUACAACAUCACCAUCACGGUCACAGACUUGGGGACACCCCGGUUGAAAACCGAGCACAGCAUAACCAUCCACGUCUCUGACGUCAACGACAACGCCCCUGCCUUCACGCAAACAUCCUACACACUAUUGGUGCGUGAGAACAACCAACCCGCCCUGAACAUAGGCAGUGUCAGCGCCACAGACAGAGACUCAGGCACCAACGCCCAGAUCACCUACUCGCUGCUGCCAACCCAGGACCCGCACCUGCCCCUCGCCUCGCUGGUUUCCAUCAACGCAGACAAUGGGCAGCUGUUCGCGCUGAGGGCGCUGGACUUCGAGGCCCUGCAGGCAUUUGAGUUCCGCGUGGGCGCCACAGACCAAGGCUCGCCCGCGCUCAGCAGCCAGGCGCUGGUGCGAGUGGUGGUGCUGGACGACAAUGACAACUCGCCCUUCGUGCUGUACCCAAUGCAGAACGCCUCUGCGCCCUGCACCGAACUGGUUCCCAGGGCGGCAGAGCAGGGCUACCUGGUCACCAAGGUGGUGGCAGUGGACAGAGACUCAGGCCAAAACGCCUGGCUGUCAUACCAGCUGCUCAAGGCCACGGAGCCCGGAGUGUUUGGCGUGUGGGCGCACAAUGGCGAGGUGCGCACCGCCAGGCUGCUGAGCGAGCGCGACGCGGCCAGGCACAGGCUGGUGGUACUGGUCAAGGACAAUGGUGAGCCUCCGCUGUCUGCCAGCGUCACGCUGCACGUGCUGCUGGUGGAUGGCUUCUCCCAGCCCUACUUGCCGCUCCCGGAAGUGGCGCCUGAGCGCGCGCAGGGGGACUCGCUCACUGUCUACUUGGUCAUCGCCUUGGCGUCGGUGUCAUCGCUUUUCCUCUUCUCUGUGCUGGUGUUUGUGGCGGUGAGGCUUUGCAGGAGGCGCAGGGCGGCGCCGCUGGGUGUCUGCUCUGUGCCUGAGGGCCACUUUCCUGGCCACCUGGUGGACUUUAGUGGCACUGGGACCCUGUCCCAGAGCUACCAGUAUGAGGUGUGUCUGGCUGGAGACUCUGGGUCUGGUGAGUUCAAAUUCUUGAAGCCUAUUAUCCCCAUCUUACCUCCUUAG